ACUGGUGGGAAGAGGGGGGAGAGAGAUCUAUACUGGGGGGGAGGGGAGGAGGGGGGGGGCUCUAUACUGAGGGGGAAGGAAAGGAGCCGGUACACCUGUGCAAGACUGAAUGGGAGGAGCCGGUACACCUGUGCAAGACUGAAUGGGAGGAGCCGGUACACCUGUGCAACCUGUGCAAGACUGAAUGGGAGGAGUCGGUACACCUGUGCAAGACUGAAUGGGAGGAGCCAGUACACCUGUGCAAGACUGAAGGGGAGGAGCCGGUACACCUGUGCAAGACUGAAUGGGAGGAGCCGGUACAACUGUGCAAGACUGAAGGGGAGGAGCCAGUACACCUGUGCAAGACUGGAGGGGAGGAGCCGGCACACCUGUGCAAGACUGGAGGGGAGGAGCCGGUACACCUGUGCAAGACUGAAGGGUGCGCUGGAGGUCAUGUUUAGGCCCCAGUUCACACCUAUGCGGCCGUAC